CCGCGCAGCAGGAGCUGAGCGGCGCGCGCCCGCGCUGCGCAUGCUCAGUGCCGCCGCUCCGUCAGGCUCGCGGCUCAGCAGCGGCAAGCUCCCCGCCGCCCCUCAUGGCGGCCCCCGAAACCCUCGGGGGCCCCGUCCUGAAAGAUGUUGUGGCGUAUGUAGAGGUGUGGUCAGCCAGUGGAACAGAAAAUUAUUCAAAGACAUUUACAAAUCAACUUGCGGACAUGGGGGCAAAGGUUUCAAAAACUUUCAACAAACAAGUAACUCACGUUGUGUUCAAAGACGGGUACCAGAGCACCUGGGCCAAAGCGCAGAAGAGAGGGGUGAAGCUCGUCUCAGUGCUCUGGGUUGAAAAAUGCAGGACAGCUGGAGUGCACAUCGAUGAAUCGCUGUUCCCUGCAGCUAAUCCCAAUGAGCACCUACCAAGCCUAAUGAAAAAAAAACGCAAGUGUAUGCAGCCCAAAGAUUUUAUGCCUAAAACACCAGAAAAUGAUAAAAGACUGCAAAAGAAGUUUGAGAAAAUGGCUAAAGAGCUGCAGCAGCAGAAAACCACUGUGGAUAAUGAUGUUCCUGUUCUCUUGUUUGAAUCUAAUGGCUCCUUGGUGUACAGUCCCACAGUUAAAAUCUGCAGUGGCCACCACAGUGCAGUGGAGAAGAGGCUGCAGGAGAUGAAGGAGAAACGGGAGAAUCUUUCCCCCACCUCUUCCCAGAUCGUUGAAAAGUCUGACGAUAACACCGUUAACGCUCUGUGUGAAGCAUCUUUGAACCUUUCGCAUGAUACUUUGUGUUCAGAGGACUCCUUUGCUGGUGUUCUGCGCUUGUCUUUUGACGAUCUUUGUGGGAGCUCUGGAUGUGGGACUCAGCAGAGGAGACUGGGAGGAUUCCUUGACGAAAGUAAAAGCGCUGCGUGUGCUUCCUCAGCUGUGUUGAAAACGAGAAGUGUCCGUCCGCCAGCAUCUCCCGGGCCCCUUGGUCAGUUAACCCUUCACCAGCCCCCCGGCAGCCUUUCCAAGGGAGACACCCACCGGCAGAGGGUUGCUGCGGGCCAAGUCAUCACCCCCGACGUGAAGCCAGCACGGGAGCCGGCUGAGGGGGUGUUUGAUGAGAAGAGGGACCUGUCUCCUACGCCAUCUGUAACAAAUGAGCCCGCCGGGGGCCCUUCAUGUCCCCAGAGCCCCUCAGCCACGAGAAGAAGGGUGUCGGUGAACUCCAGUCCACCCCCGGAGGAGAGACUGAGCAAGAGGCGGUGCCUCGGGCGGCCCCCCGCGCCCCGGCUACAGCUGGAGAACAGCCCGAAGUGUGCGAGCAGCUCUGCCGUGGAGACUCUGGGCCGCGGGGAGUCCUCGUACGAUGAUUACUUUUCUCCCGAUAACCUCAAGGAGAGGGACUCGGGGAGCCUCUUUCCCGGGGUGCAGCCGCCCGCCGGCCCUGCCCUGCUCCACUGCAUGAGGAGCCUUUCCAGGAGAGAGAGGACCAGCCUCCUGGAAAGGGCUGACUUCUCCUGCAUCGGCAGAAGCCCCAGGUCAGCCGGUGGUACCGACUCAACGGUGAAGGCUGGCUUCCGUCUCCAGAAGCCUGCAAACUACGGAUCUGAUCCGGGCUUGAGCAGCGUGACUUCUAAGGAAACGCCUGCUGCUGAAGAAACCCCAGGGGACUGUCCCCGGGCCGAGGCUCGGGGAGGGGGAGACGCCCGCCCGGGCGGGAGUGACUCUCCCCAUACCCUCAACGGACUCACUCCUCAGAAGGGACUUCGAGGUGAUUUUACGUCUUUAAAAGGAAGCAAUAAAGAAGUGAAAGGAUGGAUUGACAUAAAAAGCACACAGAAAGAAGAUACUCCUUCUAAAAUGGUGAAUUCCCCUGAAAGUGAAGCACAAAGUGAUGAUAAGCUAAACUUUGUAGGCGACUGGGAUGUGGAAAAGUCUGCAGAGGCAAUGGAAGAGUUACCCCGAGGAUGUAGUGAAAGUGUUAAAAGAGGACCAGCAAGGCAUGAUGUUUUGGAUGGCUCAUGGGACGGCUUCACGGAUCUCGUCAGACCUCAUGAGGAAUCAAGGAAGAGAAAGGCCAGAAGCCAACAAGAACAUUAGUCAUGACAAGCAUGCCAUCUGAUUUAAUAUUUUCCACAACCCCAAGAAGCACAGAUCCUCUGGUUGGAGUGGUGAUGGGACCCAGCCUUGACCCAUCCAUCUUCUGUACCCUGGGGAUCCCUGAGAACUUCUCACCAGAGUAGAGGUCAAGCCUUUCAUUUCACAAGUGGAGAAACGGGUCCUUGUGAUUGGCAAACCCAAGUUCAUUGGUGUUAAAAAUAAGAAAUGCGGGGGGAUGGGGGAUUGUCAGAGACGGUCUGCACAAGCAUGGACAAACCUGCCUCCUUCCCUUUGGAGUAUAAUUUUUGGAGAAGAGAGAAGUUUAUUUCUUAACUCGCUGUGCACGUCAUAGUGUGGCUCAGAAAGCCUACAUAUUGUUUGUGUUUCAUCGGGGAUUUCCAAAACUUGCCUGGAGACCGAGGGAGAGGAAAAGUAGAGGGUUAUUUGGGAAGGAAGUUAGAGAGGAAGAAUAUUUAAAGAGAAAAAAAGCGUUCUUAAGGCAUUAGUGGAAUGAAAGACCAGAAGAUAAACACGGGUGAGCUUUGUGAAAUUUGCCCUGAGAUUUGAUCCGAUGACUUAAUAAAAAGGACCCCUUUUUCCCCCUCUUAGUAGAAAAGCGAUGUGUUUGACUCUCGGCAAAUGUUAUAUUUUCGAAAUAAAAUGAGUGGGAAGCUUGGUCCUGACCAUGCACAAAUUGGUUCAAACGGGACACAGAAGUAAAUAAUUGCUGUGGUGUCUGGGCAGGUGUCAGGAGGUCUGGUGUGGGAUACUGGCCUGCCCCACCCCAGGCACUUGGGGAAACCCCUGGUAGC